AUGUACUUCUCCGGACUCAUCCUCACUCUCGCAGCCACUGCAUCGGCCGUCGAUCUCAGGGCUUGGUCAGGCGCUAGCUGCAACGGUUCCUUCAGAGCUUGCGUUGGCCUUAACCCCAACGUAUGCUGCUCGUUCACCGAUUCAGCAAGCAGUGGCCUACUGAGCAUCUCUGUCAACGCUAUCCCAAGCUCCUGGCGCAUUCGUGCCGAGGCCUACACGGGUGGUGGCUGCAGAUACAUCGCAAACCAGCAAGAUUCAAACGGAAACACAGACCUUUGCUUGUCAUACGGUUCGCGAGGCGACCGCACGGCCGGCAAGUACUAUUUCAUCGGCCGCAAGCGCGCUGAUGACCUGUCAUGCCCUGCCGAGCAGCCCGGCAGCGGAAAAUGCGAAGCCGCUGUCGAGCCCAACGCGCUUGGCCUUGUCGAAGGCACCAUGUACGACAUUGCAGGCCUUACGGAGGAGAAGAUUCAGGAGUUGGAGGAAAUUGCCGUCACCGGCGCUGGUGCCGAUGCCGUCCCAGCCGAGUUCAAGAUCCUCAACGUUUAA